AAAAUAUUAACUUUAUAAAUUUCAAAAUUAAAUUUGAACAACGGCUAUACUUACGUCGUAUACUGGUCUGGAAGUCCAGUAGUACUAGUACCACUUCCCACUGCACAACUUUCAACACACACUCACUCUCUCUCUCUCUCAAGUCUCAAAAUCCAAGACAAGCAAAUGUGAAGAAAAAACCCACUCAAGAUCUUAACAGGAUCACACUCAGUGCCCAUCUCUCUCCCUCUCUAUCUAUCUCUAAAGUCUAAACCAUUUGAAGAGAUCUCUUUAAGGUUUUUGAGAAAUGAGCAUGGGGUUUAUGUUGAUUUGGGUGUUUUCAACAAUACCCCUUUUAAGCACUUGUUCUUUAGCUCUCACUGAAGAUGGUAUUACAUUGUUGGAGAUCAAAAGAUCUUUCAAUCAUACUAAAGGGUUUCUCAAUAACUGGAGAGCUUCUGAUGAAACUCCUUGUGGUUGGAAGGGUAUCACUUGCAACCAUAAUGACAGCAGAGUCAGCAUUAUAAACCUGCCUUACAUGCAACUUGGAGGCAUCAUAUCUCCAAGCAUCGGAAAGCUCAGCAAUUUGCAAAGAUUGGCACUUCAUCAAAAUAGCUUGCAUGGGUUCAUUCCUCCUGAAAUUGCUAAUUGCAAGGAACUCAGAUCAAUGUACUUGAGAGGUAAUUACCUUCAAGGAGGCAUACCACCAGAAUUUGGAAAACUUUCUUACCUCACGAUAUUAGACUUAUCCAGCAAUUCGCUCAAGGGAACCAUUCCACCUUCUAUUGGUUAUCUCAGACAAUUGCACUUUCUAAACCUAUCGACAAACUUUUUUUCUGGUGCUAUUCCGGAUGUUGGAGUCCUAAGCACUUUCAGGAAGAACUCUUUUAUUGGGAACUUAGAUCUCUGUGGCCCUCAGAUUAUGAAACCAUGUCAAGGUUCACUGGGGUUUCCUGCAGUGUUACCACACGGUCCACACGCUGAAAGUGAAGAAGCGCCAGCCCCUACUAAACGGUCCUUUCGUUAUCUUAAAGGGAUCCUUAUUGGAGCCAUGUCAGCAGUGGGUCUAGCCAUUGUUAUAUUAUUUUGUUUCUUUGGUAUUCGCUUGGUUUCAAAGAAAGAAAGAGCAGCAAAAAGAUACAACGAAGUCAAAAAACAAGCAGCAAUGGAUGAAUGCACUAAAGUGGUCACAUUUCAUGGCGAUCUUCCAUAUACUUCAAGUGAUAUUGUAGAAAAGCUCGAGUCACUUGAUGUUGGGGAUGUGCUUGGAUCUGGAGGAUUUGGUACUGUAUACAAGAUGGUGAUGAAUGAUCGUACUACAUUUGCUGUCAAGAGGAUCGACAAAUGUCUUGAAGGUUCAGAUCAAACUUUUGAGAGAGAGCUUGAGAUAUUGGCUAGCAUUAAACACGUAAACCUUGUCAAUUUGCGAGGUUAUUGCAAGUAUCCUUGUGCCAAGCUUCUGAUCUAUGAUUAUCUAGCAUUGGGCAGUUUAGAUCAUUUCCUGCAUGAAACCUUUCAAGGGAAGCAACCCUUGAACUGGAAUAAUCGUUUAGGAAUAGCUCUUGGCUCUGCUCGAGGACUGGCAUACUUACACCAUGAUUGUUGUCCACGGAUUGUUCACCGCAACAUCAAAUCAAGCAAUAUCCUCCUUGAUCAAAACCUGGAGCCUCAUGUUUCUGAUUUUGGUCUUGCCCAGCUUUUGGCAGAUGAGGACGCCCAUGUAACCACUGUAGUUGCAGGCACUUUUGGUUACUUGGCACCAGAGUACCUUGAAACUGGUAGAGCUACUGAGAAGUCAGACAUCUAUAGCUUUGGAGUACUCUUGUUGGAACUCAUAGCUGGAAAGAGGCCAAAUGAUUCAGCUUUUGUAAAGAGAGGCUUGAAUAUUGUGGGCUGGAUGAACACUUUAGUGGGAGAGAACCAAAUAGAGGAUAUAGUGGACAGCGAGUGCACUGAUGCAGACAUAGCUACAUUAGAAGCCAUUCUUGUCAUAGCAGCAAGGUGCACUGAUGCAAAUCCAGAUGAUCGCCCCUCAAUGAAUCAGGUCUUUCAAAUGCUUGAGGAGCUCACUUCACCUUGCCCUAGUGAGUACUAUGAGUCUCAUUCAGAUGAAUAAAAUUGAAGCUGAACAGAACAAAUACACGUCCUCCUCGUCUCCCACCUCCCUAUAAAGGUGUUUGAUAUAUUAUCAACCACUCUCAUCCAAGAAAGAUGUUGUUGUUACUCUUCCUGUAACUAACUGCGGAGAUUCAUUAAGAAGUUUGGGGACCAUGUUGCUUGCAUGGUUUAAACUUAAUCUGAUAGUGUAAAUAACAGUUCACUUUUAAAAACCUUCCAGUUUUCGUCACUUUCUUUCGACAAUUAUGUUGUCUUGGCAAGUUUGAGUUGUGGAUUCCAUGUCGUCUUGUUCUGGAGAUCAUCUCCGAGUGCUUUAUAUAAUUUGUAGUGUGGGUUGUAUGAAUGGUUUAGAGAUGUAAUACAGGUAGAUUUAUGUAAUAGCUAUGGUACGAUUUUUCUUUUAACUUUUUAAAAGAAAGAUUCAC